GCAUGAUUUUGACAUAACAUUUUGACACAUAACCUCACAAGCACAUUAUUGUUGUUUUUGUUCAUAUUUGCAAUAUUCUUAUACAAAAAUGGGUGAAGAACCUGUUGAUGCUAAUCCAAACAAGAAAAGGCAAAGGAAGAAGCGUAAGAAUUUUUUAUCAAAUGCAAAGAAAUAUGCAAAAAAGGGUCAAAUGGGACGCGGCACGAAAAUACCGGAAGAACUGUACCAAUAUUUUGUUGGAAUUCUGGAAGUUAUAAAGCAAGGAAUUGAAGAUCCCGAUGAACGAAAGUCUCUUGUUACUAAUGUAUUGGAGAGAACAAAAGGUGAAGAGUUGAAUGUUGUAGGAAAUCAGCUCGGCUGCCGUCUUGUAGAACUCCUCCUUCCAUAUUCAUCACCAGAAGAUUUACAGAGGUACAUAGAAGUACUUUCACCAGAAUUACGUAGGUUAUGUUCAGAUAACUUCUCAAGUCAUAUUAUAGAAACAUUAUUACGAGUUUCUUGUGAAAGGGCAACAGAACAUUUGCAAAGUAAUGAUGAAACGGAAGAAGUACCGACGAAAAAAGUUAAAUUAGAAAGUCCAUCUGAGGAAUAUACGAAAGAACACAUUGAUAUAUGUCAUGAAUUCACACUUAAAAUAUGUAAAUAUGCAUUGAACAAUUUAGAAGAUUUUGUAUGGGAUAAGUACGCUAAUCAUAUACUACGUAGUGCAAUAAAAUGCUUAAGUGGUAUUAUGUUGCUGCCAGGAGAAAAACCAAAGGUGAAUCUCUUCAGAGAGGCAAUACAAGAUAAUAAAGGAAUUCCUCCUCAUCAAACGGAGAUGAAGUAUAAGGUAGUUCCAGAUGAGUUUAAAGAAAUCGCCAAAGAUUUUGCGAACCGACUAUCAGUGUGGCCUCAAUUUAAAGAUUUGCCGUACCAGAACAUUACGUCCGCUUUAUUACAAGUACUGUUAUAUGCUGUGAAGAAUGUUGAUAAAAAUUUGACUAAAAGCUUAAUAAAGAAACUUUUGAAUGAAAGUUUUGCACCCGACGACUGGAUGGACUCGGGAAUGGAUGAAAAAAAAGAUGACAAAAUUGAUGUAGAUGAGAGUGAAACAAAUGAGCGACAGGUUACAGGGGAUAACUUACCACCAGUGUUUAAGAGCGAAUCAGCUGUCAGGUUAUUAGAAGCGGCACUGUUUGUCUCUAGGAAGAAAAUGUACACACAAAUAUAUGCUCGGUGCUUCAUCAACCGGCUAGGUCAGCUUGCUACUAUGCCAAUGUUGAAUUUCACCGUGCAACGAUUGAUAGACAACUGUCAUGUAAAGGAAGAGUUUGAGCCAAUGUUUGAAGAGCUGUCGACCAAGUUUGGAGCUUUGUUGGCGUGCGGCAACACUGGCGUGUUGGUAGCGUUGGCGAAAGCUUGUCUCAGAAUUAAAGCGAAACAAAUACAAUUCAUACAGAAUUUAGAAACGGCACUAAAUUGUUCGGAUGCUGAGAAUCAAAAACAUUUCCCGGUGCAGUGUCUGAAGAUGCUGCCUCUCGGCACCAAGGAUAAUAAAAAGGAAUACUUCAUCAACGUCCACGGAUCUGUUGUGCUGCAGACGAUUCUGGAUUUUCAGCGCCCAGCUAAACCAGUGUCUGGUCUCCUAGAGCUGUCGUCAGAAGAACUGCUGUAUAUAUUUAGCGACCCAAAAGGUUGUCACGUGGCGGACGCUCUGUGCAGGGGUCAGUUCGUCGGAGUGAAGGCGAGGGACAAGCUGAUAUGGAAGUUGAAGGGAUAUUAUCAGAAGCUAGCGUUGUCUCAGCACGGUUCUAGAGCUUUCGAGCAAAUCUUUGAAGCAUCAUCUCCCGAGCAGAAGGUCAAAAUAAUGACAGAACUAUCAGAUAAGAGUAACUUAUUGAACAGCACAAACUACGGCAAGCUGAUAGCGACCAAGCUGGACCUCACCACGUUCAAAGCGUCACCGAAGAAGUGGGAGGAGACCAGAAAAAAAAUUGAUAAAUAAAUAAAUUUUAUCAUA